GUACAGGAAGACCUUGGCCCUGCCUGUUCCUUCAGGCCCACAUCAGGCCUCCCCGGGACAUGGAGCCAGAAAACGAGACCACAUUAGGCUCGGCGGCGUCCCUGCCUUCUUGUGUCUUCCACGAGAAUUUCAAGCACGUGCUUCUGCCCCUGGUGUAUUCGGUGGUGCUCAUUCUGGGGCUGCCCCUGAACUCCUUCGUCAUCGUGCAGAUCUGGCUGUCCCGAAAGAGCCUGACCCGCACGGCUAUCUACAUGCUGAACCUGGCCUUGGCCGACCUCCUCUACACCUGCUCCCUUCCUCUGCUCAUCUACAACUACGCCCAGGGUGACCACUGGCCUUUUGGGGACAUCUCGUGCCGCCUGGUGCGCUUCCAGUUCUACACCAACCUGCACGGCAGCAUCCUCUUCCUGGCUUGCAUCAGCUUCCAGCGUUACCUGGGCAUAUGCCACCCCCUGUCCAGCUGGCACAAACGAUGGGGCCGAGGCUCCGCCUGGCUGGUGUGUGGGGCCGUGUGGCUGGCUGUCUCUGCCCAGUGCUUGCCCACCAUCGCCUUUGCCCAGACAGGGAUACAACGGAACCGCACCGUCUGCUAUGACUUGAGCCCCCCGAGCCUGUCUGCCAGCUACCUGCCCUAUGGCAUGGCCCUCACUUUCACCGGCUUCGUGCUGCCCUUCAGCGCAGUGCUGGCUUGCUACGCCCGCCUCGUGCGGCGCCUCUGCCAGCAGGGUGGCCCCGAGGGGCCGGCGGUGGCAGAGAAGCGGGGCAAAGCAGCUCGCAUGGUCGUGGUGGUGUUGGCAGCCUUUGCCAUCAGCUUCCUACCAUUCCAUGUGACUAAGACUGCCUAUCUGGCUGUCCGAUCAAUGCCUGGAGUUUCCUGCCCAGUCCUGCAGACCUUCGCCGCUGCCUACAAGGCCACGAGGCCCUUUGCCAGUGCCAAUAGCGUCCUCGACCCCAUCCUCUUCUACUUCACGCAGAAGAAAUUCCGCCAGAGCCCCCAACAGAUCUUGUCCAAGCUAACUGCUAAGUGGCAAAGGGGACACUGA